CUUUUCUUUCGCAAAAUAUUUUCUCUAUAUUUUUAUUUUUACCCAUUUAGGUCGGAUGCACCAAGAUACACGCGUUUAAUAAGAGAGAAAAACAUGACACUUCCGUAUAUAAUCGCCCGGCGGUCGUUUAAUUUCAGCCGGUUUAUUUCCCUUCCCUUGCUCAUAGUCAACAGCAUCCAGGGUAUUUUAAUCUUUAUCCAGGGAUGCCUCUCCUGCUCCAUCGGUGAUUUACGGCACAUAAUGCUGGGGAUCCCCUGUCUCCUCUUUGGCUUUCUCCUCGUGCUCAUGGAGGCUGUGCACCUGGCAACUUUCCGCAUGUAUGCAUCCUUCCUCUUUUCAUUCUUUGGACGCGGUCUUCUCUACUUAGUUCUCGGCUGUAUGACUUUGGAGGGAGGAGCUAGGCGGACAGCUGAGCUCGGAAUUGGUCUGGAAAUCGCCCUAAUCGGCUUGGUGUUUCUAGGCAUGACAUUGAGCAACGUGUACUUUGAUGACCCGGCGGAUGAGUACGCUAUGGUUAUUCAUAAUAUCCAAAAUGGGUUCCAUGGGAAUGGGGACGAGAAGGGAGGGAGAAUAGGUAGGGUGGCUGGCGGCGGUAGCUCGGAGAAAAACUUUGGCACGGUGGGUGCGUAUUCCGGUCAAGGAAUCAGUAGCGAGACGUAUGCUGCGUCCGCGGUGACGUCGUUUAUUCCGUAUACGUCGACAGGCGGGUACGCAGGAUCCAUGGCUUCCGGCACAACACCUGGCGCCAGAGUAUUUGCUGCCGGCGAUAAGUUGUCGAUUUCUAAUCCAAUUUAACAC